AUGUCGCUCGCUCAAAAUGGAUGUCGGGGCGGUGGUCGUGGAACCAAGGAACCACUCCUCAUUGACGCCGUCAUUGGCAAGGUGGUUAAACGCAACCGUCGGAACCUCUCCGCCGCCUGGAUAGACUACAAAAAGGCAUUCGACUCGGUGCCUCAUACAUGGCUUAAGAGGAUCCUCGAGCUGUACAAGGUUGACUGUACGGUUAGAGACUUCCUCGGGCAGUUUCAGUUUCAACAUGAGAGUAGGACGUACCUAAACAUGUAUUCUAAUAUCCUUCACAACGUAGUGCUCAUCACCUUAUGUGCUUUUCUUUUUGAAUGUGUUUUGGCAACAGAAAAAGAUAAAUGUAGUGGGGUAUCAUCUUGUGCCACGUGUUUAACAAAAACAAUGUGCACUUGGUGUGUUACUAAAAGUCGCUGUACAAAACAAGAAUGUGGAAAUGAUAAUGUUAUUUAUCCAAAAUCUGUAGUCGCCCUUUUGUCAGGACCAGAUUUUUGCCCGAGAGUUGUCGAAGGGCAGAAAGAAUUAGUUUUUAAAAGCGGUCAAAGACAAAAAAUUACAAUAAAAAUAACACAAAUAUACUUAUACAUGGCGUUCACUCCCUGGAAAUGUAAGAUAAAUGUUAACGGAAAGGAACACGUGAUUAUUGCGACCCUUAUAGUAGAUAAUGUUUAUUGUGAAUCAUUUGAAUUCAAGAAUGAAUCUGAUGAACCUUAUGUGACUGGUACUGUUUCUGUUUUAUGGGACUACGAGUAUAAUAAGGCGUUCGAUGGAUCUUUACCGUUCCGAGUAUGUCGAUGUGAUUUAGAUGAUUCGUGUGUUGCCUGUACUAAAUGA